AUGGAAAUUUUUGAGACUACCCUCCCCAAUGGAGGUACAAUCUCUGGACGAUUCAAUUUCCCGACUACAUCCCCAACUUCCAACCAUGUACCGCUGAUCGUCUGCAUUCAUGGUGGCAGCUAUGAUGCGGAGUACUUUGAUGCUGAUGACGACCAUUCCAUUCUCAGUACCUCAGUACCGGCAAAAAUACCCGUCAUUUCCUUAACCCGGCCGGGUUACGGAUCCAGUUCCACUGUCCCAAUGGAUGCCAUGGAUAAAGACACCACCUACGGCCAAGCCCAGGGAAAGUAUCUGAAUUCCACAGUACUACCAUUCCUGUGGGAGCAGUACGGCAAAAGUUCCGGAGCAACAGGCAUCGUGCUCCUGUCUCAUUCUAUUGGCGCGAUGAUCGCCAUUAUCGCAGCGGGAUCCUAUACGGGAACCGAAGGCUACCCACUGUCAGGACUUAUCACAUCCGGGAUAAGCACCGAGCUGACUCCGGGACCGCGAGCAGUAAUGCUUCAUCUAUUAAAGGAGACAACAGGCGUUGUGCAAUUCGAUGACAGCCCAAAGGAUGCCAUAAUGCUGCAAAUCCCCAUGAAUCAAUUCACGGAUGAAAAGAUGUGUCGCCACACAAAGCGUCUGAAUUGGCCUGUACCCCCGGGCGAACUCCACGAUAUCAACAUGACUUGGCUAGAUUAUUGGCACGAGUACUCGGACCGAGUCACUGUUCCGGUCAUGCAUGUAUUGGCUGAAUUCGACGGGCUUUGGAGUUAUUCUCCACAAGUACUGGAGGAUUAUAAGAACGCUUUCCCGAAUAGUCCGCAUAUCAUCAGUGAGGUGGUUCCAAUGGCUCCUCAUUGUAUCGAGUUGAGCCUCCAGAGUAAACCUUGGUACAUGAAGUGCUGUUCUUUCGCCAUGCAGUGCGCUAUUUGGGAUGUUCUGCGGACAACCUUGCCUUCUCCUCCUCCUCCUGUGCCUGUGCAAAAAGAGGAAGAGGAAAUUGACUCGGAGACCGAGGGCGCUCCCCGUCAGGGUGCUAUCACCACCCUCGUCUAUGCAACAACGCGUUAUGAAUAG